AUGGACUCUGGUGCUGCAGAAACUACUGCACAAAACGAAAAAACUUGCAAAAUAUGCCAUUCGGCUUGCAACGAGGAAUCUCCGUAUAUCCAUCCAUGUAAAUGCAAAGGAUCUCUAAAGUUUAUCCAUGUCGAAUGCUUGAAUGAGUGGUUAAAGCUCACAAAAACAAAGAAAUGCGAUAUUUGCAACUAUUCUUUUAGAUUUGAGAAGAAAUUUAAAAUAGGAACGCCAAAGAACGUGCCAUUCUAUUACAUCCUUCUUUUUGCUCUCAAGGGAGUGCUCCACGGGGCUAUCAAUAUUUUUUGCUUCUUGUACUCAUCGCUCAAGUUUCUGGUUAUCUUUGCUUUUAACUCUACAAUAUGCCAGAAAUAUGUGCAUUCAACCACAUCCCUCUAUUCUUCAUUCUUCAUUGGCCUUCUAUUUACUCUUGUCAAUCUUCUGCACUCAAUGCUCAUCAAUAUGGCCCUUAAGUGCAUCUCUUCAUUUCGUGCACGAAUGCAGAGUAGUAUUGUUCUUCAGAACCUAGUUGCUGAUAUCUCAAGCAGAUCUGUUGACGACACCACUAUUUCAAUGCGAAGCCAUGCAGAGCAAGACAAUUCAGACUCUGGCGAAAUUGACGAACAGAUUCUUGAGCCUUUCAGUAUAACAUUAGAGGCCAAUCUAAACGACGUUUUCUUUAGAAGUCCAACAAUAGCUAACAUCAAGUCUGACUUGAAGAUUGUGGGGCAUCUUUGCAUCUUUUCUGCCGUCUAUCCAUUUGUUUACUACUUUUCAUCCGUUUUCAGAUACAUUCUGACACUUAUUGAUUGCAGAAUCGGAUUGUCAGAUAUAGUGUAUAGGCUAGCUCCGAAGAUGUUUGACUUUAUGUCGAUGAUUCACAUCAGGGCGUUUUUUUUCAGGAUGUCGGGUGUUGCUUCAUUUUUCAUCUUUUUGAUUUUCAUCUUCUACAAUUUGAAGAUCACCAUGUCCUCACAGAUAGUCAAAAACAUUUAUUAUCUCAUAAAAUGGUACUUCAUCACCGUUAUUUCUAGAUUUUUUGUUAUCUGCACUGUUGGUGUAUUGUCGCACUUUUCAUUUUCUGCAGCCUUCAACUGUGAAGUACCAAUCUUCGCAUUUUCGCAGCCUUGGCUUUCGGUUGUCGUCCAUUUUGUAUUAGGCAGCAUCUUUACAUACAUGUGCAGAGACCUGGAGCAAAAGCUAAUAAAGAAAUAUCGGCCAGGAUUGAUACCCAAGGUAUUCAAGGACGAAUCAUUCUCUUGCCUCGUUGACUAUUGCUGUAACCUCACAGCAAGACAGUUCAUCUUCCGAACGGCUGGCAGCUUUCUUGUAAUAUCUGCACUUCCCUUUUCGAUAUUCUGCCUGUCGCGGAUUCACCUUGAUUUUAGCUUUGAAACCAACGAUGAACUGUGGUCGUUCUUCUAUCUUAAAUCAGUCCUACUUCUCUUCAGGAAUGGCUCCUCGAUCACGAAAUUUCUAUCAAAUCCUGUUUGA